AUUGGGUUGGGUUGGAUUGGGGGGUGUUGCUUCCGAACUCUCAUCGCGGAGUCACUUUACACCAUCAAAAUGCCCCAUAACUUCGAAUCGACAACAGAUAAUCCGUCAACUUCAAAUCAUAAUAACAUGUAACCCGAUCUAAAUAUCAAGAAUGUCCUAAUCACAAUAUAGCCGUAUUCUUAACCAGUGGUCGGGCGGCACUGAAUUCUAGCUUGAUUCCGCCGAAUACAUAUCAAUAUACGAUGACGGCUAGCUAUAUAAAGCUUCUCGGUUAACUCAUAAUUAAUCGAUCAUGUUGAGUAAUUAACAAACAAAUCAUACACGGAAGAAAAGAAAGAAAGAAAGAAGAAAACAUGAACACUACUACUACUACUCUAAUGAAAGCAGCGUUUAUAUUAGCAAUGGCGGCGGCGCUUCUUGCGAGCGUUUCCGGCCAAGGAGACGACAAUGGGUUUUGCAGUUGCGGUCGGGCAGAUGAUCUGAAGAACUUCCGUGUCAGCGUGCGCGCUGUUCUCGAGGAAGUGGUGAAGCGCACGCCCGGCUCCUCCACCGGCGGCGACGUCGUCUUCACCACGACGUCGAAUCCGGGGGCGAACCUCGACGUCGGCGCCGUCGUGGCGACCGGCACUUGUUUCGAGGGAGGGCCGACGGAGUGCUCGGUGUGUCUCGGUAAGAUUCGGGCGUCUUUGAAGGUUUGCGAGAGCUCCGGUUGCGGCGGAGGGCUGUUGACGGGGGAUUGCCGGCUUCAGUUCCGGCAGAUCAAAUGAAUGACCGUUGGCCGUUGGGUUAGUUAUGGCGGGAAUUAAUGCAACUGGUUUUUCGUUUCGGUUUGCAGUGUGGCUGGUUUGUGUCUUUCUUUAAUUUACUAAAGGGUUAAUUAGGGUAUGCUAAUGCCCACCCUCUAUUAAUUAUGUCAAAGUUAUCGGAUAAUUAAUUCGGCAAUUAUUAUCUAAGUUGCGUACGUGGCUGUCACAUUAAAUUUGAGUCAAUUUUUAUUAUCUAAUAAUUUGUUGUUGUUUUGUGAAAUUUGCACAUGCCCCUCUCAUGUCAUGUGCUUUAAGACAAAGUACGGUACUUAAUAUUGAGUUCGUGAGUAUUUGAACUACAUGACCUCAUGAUCAAAUCAGUACCAACAUGUAGUUUCAAUAACUCUUGUUGUUGGGAGAUGUUGGACGAUGUAUGGAUUUUGAUCACUUUCUUUACACAUCAUCUCAAAUGAAAGUUAAUUUAUGGACUUAAAGUUUGCACAAACUCAUUAAAAUUUGAGGUCAUGAAAAUUUGAACACACAACCACUUAACCGAACUCGAUUUUAUAUCAUGUUAUAAACCAACUUAUAUCAAUAACCGAGGAGAAAGUUAAUUAUAAAUCUACCGGUAUUCUCUUAACAUAGCAGAGAGUAUAGACUCCUCUUGAGUUUUAUACCAUAGGAAACUUUCUUUUAAUAUUAUUGUAAUCCGCAUGACGUUUUUGACCAGUCGUCGUGCCGGCGGCAACUGAAUUAAAGCUGGAUUUUUCGGUUUAACCGUUUCUUGCCUCAUCCGGCGGUAGAAAGAUUCGGCUGUCCAGACUUGCCGGCGACUUCUAGCUUGUCUCAUCAUAUCAUGUAAAAUGUAUACAAACAUCUAUUGCUCGCCUUACUUAAUAUGCAAAGUAAGAACAAUGGGGGAAACGCACCUCUAUCGCCGGUGAUGAUGAAAUCCGCCGUUAUAGUAAUGUUAGCGGCGGCGUGUUUUGUGAGCGUUUUCCGGUGAAGAAGAUGAUGCUCAUAUAUAGAUAACCGAAUCAAUUUUUUAAUGUUUAAUGAGAACAGCUCCAUCAAUAAGUAAUUUUGUUAAUUACCUAAUGUUUAAUUAGAUAGACAGCAUGCAAUUGAUGAGUUCUCCUCGUCCGACAUUUAUUUUGACGUAUUAUCUCCUCCAAAAUCGCUAUGUCGCCAUUUACAGAGACAAUUAAUCAUUAAAUAUUAACCUCUUGCUCGACACAUAAAGAUAAUUAAUAAUAAGUGCAAUUCACAUAAAAUUAAAUAUCGAAAUAUAGGAUAGGAGACCACUAAUUUAACUGCUAUCUUGACUCUUUCAUGUAUUAAUUAACGAGAAGCGUAUAUUACCAAAGGUAAGAUAGCCUAACGGUAAAUCUAUCGCAAUAGUGAAGGCUAGGGAGUUGCAGAUCCCAAGUUCGAAUCCAAGCGAAGCCCGUUGGUGUUCCCGGAGGUACAAGGCUGCUAACGACGAAGUCCCGUUUGCGUCGAAUUUUAUUGCAGGUGGCCCCCAAAUUUACUGUUAUAAAUGAAUUGUUCUCAAUAACUCGAAGUCAAGUCUUACACGCGCCCCACUCAAAUGAAAACCAACUCACGGCUUAAAAUUUGCACAUGUCCGACAUACUUCUUUCUUUAAUCGGUUGUUAUUAUACCACUCUCCUACAUAUAUACAAGGUCAAUAUUCUUUCUCGCGUGGUGUUUGAUUGGUCGUUUAACAUGCCAAAUAACUCGAGUUGGAAGUG